UGCAUGAUUGUUUCCUUUCCAUUGAUUAAAGCUACGGUCUACGCAACAUCGGCUAGGAGUUUACCCACACCUCCAGCAUUUGCAAUGAUCAACCCAGUAUCCGAGACCAAUUUCUAUGCCCCGUACCAACAACAAAUGCCAAUUGAUGAAUAUCCUCAGGGACUUGGUCAGCCUGACUGCUGUUACUUCCUGAAAACUGGAGACUAUAAAUACAAACGUAAUUGUAGAUUUAACCAUCCUAAGCUUCAAAGUUCCAAGUCAACGUCAUGUGCUCUUAGCAACAAGGCUUUGCCUCUGAGACCUUUAUGUGAUCGAAGAAGAAUGAACAACAACUAUUGGUUCUCAGUGGUUUCUUUCAAAAGUUGCUCAUUCACUUCUGGGGCGAGUACAAAUGACAGAAAGUUGUUAUUUUUGGUUAAGUUAAAAUAUGUAUUUAUCAGAGUCAUGGAAGUUCAAGUUCAUGUUUUGAGAUUCUACAAUACUAAUUUUAGUGUUUUAUCUAUUUAUUAUGAAUUCCUUGACUGUGAACAAGUGUCAAAGUUUACACUGUUAGACAAAUUGUAA